AUGUCUCUGCUGGACGCUCCGCCGCCCUGGAGCUCCGGGCUCCGGUUUCUGACAGAGGCGGUGUCGGAGCAGCUGGUUCGAGUCGGGGAGGAGAUCCUGGGUCAGGUGGAGAAGCGGCGCAGGACCCUGGGGGGUUUCGGGGGUCCUCUGUUGGACCUGCUGAGGCUGGUUCUGACGGAGCGGCUCUCGGCGGCGGCGGAGCGGAUCGUGGAACUGCUGGAGCGGGAGGUGGAGGAGUACCAGCGGAGGCUGGAGCGGCAGGGCCGGCUGCUGGAGGCGGUUCUGAGUCCGGUGGUUCGACUGAUCCGAACAGGUGAGUCCCAGAAUGACACCGCCAUGUUGGACCAGAUCUGCGUGAACAUAGAUAUACAUAGAAAGGCUAGAUAGCUUACCUACGCUGUGUGAGCCAAUGGGUAUUGACGUCGUCACACGGCGGCCAUCUUACCUCGGGGCUGAUGGCCUACUGAUAACAUUAAUGUCUAUGGUGCAUGUACUGUUUCAAUGACCAUAUCCUGCUCAAAUUUCAACUGAUUUUCAAACGGAUUGGUUUGUUAUAAACGCCAGAGAUGCAUUUAUGUUUCUGAAUAUUUAUGGAUAAUUAUAACCAUGGACUUUCAUAUUAAAUCAAAAAAGUAUAUAGGAGAGCGAUACCUGCCAUAGCUGCACACAUAUACACACAGUGAAAUUAAAUUGUCAGUGUUUUUUUAUAUUAAACAUUUAAUAGUUGAAUAUUUUAUAUUUCUAUUUAAUACAUAUAUUUAAUAUAAAGGGGUGAGUUGACCCACAUGAUAUUUUAAACUUAAGCUUAAAACUUUAACAAAUAAUUAUUUUCUUUGGGUUAUUAUAAACAAUAUAAAACCAAUUAAAGUUUGUUUUUCAGAACCUUUUAAUAUUUGCAAUUAUUAAUAUAAUAUUGAAAACUUCUCUUGAAUGAGUGUAUUUAUCAAAAAUAAAAGAUCAUUCUGCUAAUUUGAGUAGCAAAGACCUAAUAAAAAUUAGAUAAAUUGUGAUUCAUGUUCAUUCAAUUUACCCCAAGGCUUUUGGUUCAUCUUGCCCCAUGGCCAUCGUUUUGAUAAAACCUAAUUAAUUUAAUGCUUCAGAAUGAUAUUUUGCUAAAUGAUUCACAUAGUUCUAUACAAUGAAUAUCACCACAUGCAUGAUGUAUAAGUUUAGACCUGGGUCCAUUUGCUUUAACAUAAAAAUAACUAUACCACAAAUUCCACGGCCUGUUGGAAAUGAUGUUUGUGUUCUUAUUUUAGGGUCACAUAACACUCAUGUCAACAACCAGCACAAUUACUAAACAAUUCAACAUUCACUCCAAACUAACAGUCACUCACAUGGUCGCAACAAAACCAACAUAUAUACAAGUGCACGGACAGUUUUAGCUACUGCCCCUUGAAAAGAAAAAGAAAUAUCCAAUAAUUAUUAUGUAAACAAAUGGUAGAAACAUUUCUAAAAGGUCAGGGUGAAAAUAACUUGUGUUGUACAAGUACAAAUUUAACUAAGUUAGUAACAUUUAUCCUAAAUAUGUCCCUCAAGUCAUUUCUUAUGAGUGAAAGGUGAUUCCACGGGCUCUUGUUUGGAUAGAACUGAGGUUAGUACAGGUAUGGUCCCAGCCGUAGUACUAGCCACCAAACAUCUUUUUAACUUUGACUGAUUUCUUUAGCAAAGAGACUAAACACAACUCACCUACUCUCUUUCAGCAGCUGCUUGUUUUUAGCGAGACCUCAGGCCAGUCCGUUACGGACUACAGCGGGGUGAUGCAGCCCAAGGAAGAACAUUUAUGAUCACGUUAAAGACUGACCUCAGAUGUCCGCUCGGCUUUCCAAAGCAGCUCCUCUGGACCCUCAGAGAUCAGAGGUCAGGGACUUAUCCAGACUGACCGUCUCUCUCAUGUUUAUUUCAGACUCGUCUGCUCUGAGGCUGUCCAGCCCUGAGAAUGAGCUCCCCGACCUCUCCACCGCCCUGCUAAGCUCGGCCUCCUCAGACAGCGACGCUGACUGGAAGGAGAGUGAGGACUUGUCCAGCAGAGCGGGGAUGAAUGAGUCAAAUACAAACUCGUCAAAUACAAACGAAUCAAAUACAAACGAGUCAAACCCAACAGACCCAAACAAGGACACAGGGCAGGGCUUUAGAAGUCGCAGACAGCAGGCGGCGCCAUCGGAGCGUCCAGGAGCUCAUCUGUGCGUCGUCUGCAGGAAACGAUUCCGGCACAAAGGAAACCUGCUGAAACACGCCGAGACUCACAGGGAUGGUCCUCAGUGUCUGUGCGGGGUCUGCGGGGGACACUUCAAGUCCUCAGACCAUCUGCUGGACCACCUCAGGUCUCAUAAGGACCUGGUCAGCAGUGGGGGGACCUGUCCAGUCUGCAGGAAGACCUUCCAGAACCUGGAGACCCACAUGAGGAGUCACACCGGAGAGAACCCGUACCACUGUGAGGUUUGCAGGAAGGACUUCCCCCGACCCGGGUCCCUCAGGAGACACAAGAAGAUCCACAUCAGGAGGACGGUCCAGGUCCAGGGAGGCAGGGAGGAGGGUCAAGAGGAGAAGGGAGGUCAGGGGUCAAAGACUGGCAGGAGUCCAGAUCCUGGACUGAAGUGGUCCCAGCUCUGCUGCAGGGUCUGUGGGGACCUCUUCCACAGCCGAGGGUUCCUGAGGAAACACGCCGAGACGCACCGCCACGACUCACAGAGCGUCUGCGGCGUAUGCGGGGAGCAGCUGGACUCACCUGAGUAUCUGCAGGCUCACCUGCAGUCCCACAGGGGGACCAGCGGGACCUGCAGUGUCUGCGGGAAGACCUUCCAGAACAUGGAGACCCACAUGAGGGUCCACACCGGAGAGAAACCGUACCUCUGCAACAUCUGCAACAAAGGCUUCCCCAGAACGGGGGCGCUGCAGCGCCACAGGAGGAUCCACCGCAGGGAGAGACCGUACGUCUGUCAAGUCUGUGGGACAACCUUCAAGGAGGGCAGCGCCUUAAAAACCCAUUGUAGGGCCCACCUCAGGGGGGCCCCGGACUCUGGAGGGCCCACUGAAGUGGACUCUCAGGACCCCAAACCUCUAUUAGAGAAGAAUCUGACCACCAGAGAUCACACCACGGCGCCUCAAACGCAGCACCGCUGCAAAGUCUGCGGCGAGACUUUCCAGAGUCAGGGAGGUCUGAGGAGACACUCCAAGAUCCACUCAGUGGAGUCCAAGUGUGGGAUCUGUGGACUCAGUUUGCUGCCCUCAGAGACCCUCACAGACCACCUGCAGGUCCACAGAGACGGCGCCAACAUCUGUCACAUCUGCGGGAAAACCUACCAGAACAUCGAGACCCACAUGCGGAUCCACACCGGGCUCAAACCGUACCGCUGCGGCAUCUGCGGUAAGUCCUUCCCCCGACCCAGCGCCCUGCGGCGCCACAGGAGGAUCCACAGCGGGGAGAGACCCUACAUCUGUGAGUUCUGUGGGAAGACCUUCAUUGAAAACGGCGCUCUGACAUCACACCUAAGGAAACACACGGGGGUCAAACCGGUCCACAGAGUCUCCUGUGAGACCUGCGGGAAGAGCCUGGCCUCAGUCCACGUCCUAGAGGUCCACAAGAGGAUCCACACAGGGGAGAGACCGUUCCCAUGCCGGGUCUGCGGGAAGUCUUUCAGGCAAGUGGGGGGUCUGAACGCGCACACGCUGACCCACACUGGAGAGAAACCCUUUAGCUGCUCCAUCUGCUCCAAGAGCUUCAGCACCAAAGGGUACCUGGAGACCCACAUCCGCUUCCACAGGAAGGAGAAGGCUUUCAGCUGCCCCCUGUGCCUGAAGGCCUUCGUGACCAAGAACGACCUGAAGAAACACCUGCUGACCCACAGCGGCGAGAAACCUUAUGGCUGCUCUGUCUGCGGGAAGACCUACCAGGAGAAACGCUCCCGAGAGGUCCACAUGAAGGUCCACCAGGACCACCUGACUAGCAGGGAACCAAUCAGAAGGCAGGACAGUCUGAGGACUCCAGACUUCAUCCAGCUGUAGAGACCAGACCAGGACUGUACUGGUUUACUUUAAGACCAGGACCGGACUGGUUUACAUUCAGACCAGGACUGGACUGGUUUACAUUCAGGACUGUACUGGUCUACAUUAGGGCCCGACCGAUAUGUUUUUUUGGGGACCGAUUGGGGGGGGGGUACGAUUCGGUUUUUACUUCGAAAAUGUUCCGCCAUUUGAAAAGUUCCCCGACUUACCCUGUAGAUGCCACAGCAACCUGCUAUCAGCCUUGCUACACUAUUCGCCGUGUCAGUAACGGUAGAAUAAACAACAGUACACAUUACGUGAUCGAGCUACUUCUCUUACUGAGGCAGCUGCAUGUCUCCAGAUGAGACCAGACCAGAAAUGAGUAACGCGAGUUAAGACGUGGAGGCACCGAUCGGCGGAGGGGAGGGGGGGUGUAGAAAACGCUUUUCUGGUCUGAUUUUGAUCAGUCAGCCUUCCUGUCGGCGUGAAAAGCAGUAGCCUACAGUAUAUCUACAGAAUAUAGUAUACUGUAGAUAUCUACAGUAGCCUUUAUAUAAAUAUAUUUUAUAACUUCAUAAAAAAAAUUUAAAAAUUGGCCGAUUAAUCGGUAAUCUGAUAUUUUUCCCCCCUAAUAAUCGGCAUCGGCCCCAAAAAAUCAGUCGGGCCCUAGUUUAUACACCCAAGUACACCUCUAUAUGUGCAUUUUUGAAACACAUCAAAACAUAACAAAAGUUUGCUGCUCCAUUUUACAUGUUGUCAUAAUCCAAUACUCGUGUUUUUUAAAAUAUUAGAUCAUUUUAUUCCACUUUAAGAAGCUAAUGAGUGGAGGGGAUGCAUUCUACGGCACAACACCGGUCUUCUGCUAACCAGCCAGAAUCAGAUAUGUGAAACAAUGAAUUACUUCUGUCUUCUGCUAACUUUGAAGCGGCAAACAGUUAUACUGUGUACUGUGGGUUAACUUGAAUAUCCAACUAACGUUAGCCCUCGUACUUUUUCAUCGACAAACGACCUGACAACAAAUAUAGAUAUUUAUAUACUGGUUGAAAAUGUGAGAAAUUCUAAGUAAAAUUCUUAAAAAGUUAAAAAAAUUAAAAAUUCAUGGAGAAAUUCAGAAAUUUCAUCCAAAAAGAAGAACUCUGGUUAGCACCCUCAUUUAUUUUUGUAUAUCCUGCCUUUUAAAAGAAUCGGGAUAGAGAAUCGAUAGAAAUCGGAAUUGAAAUGAGGAAUCUGGGCUGUAGACCAAAGAUCAAACCAGUUCAAUAAAAAAUGAAGAGGAUUGUGUUUCAUUUCCUGUCCCAGUUCAAUCACAGUGAUCAGUUCUAGUCUCUGCUGUUUGUUAGUGUGAUGCAGCAGUUUAGCCACUAGAUGGCACUGCUGGUGAAGCCAAACAGGAACCCUCUUAAUUUAAACAGGUUGGCAUAGUAACGCUGGACUGUAACUCAAGGAAGUGUUGGAAAGUGGUUUUAGAGAGGAUCACACACACAUACACACACCUGAGUCUGAGAACUCACACACACACACACACACACACACACACACACACACAUUGAGUCUGAGAACUCACACACACACACACGCACACACACACACACAUUGAGUCUGAGGAACACACACACCUGAGUCUGAGAACACCCACACACAUCUCACUUCCUGUCAGCCAAGACGGCGCACUGCGUUCAUGUGCAACAUUUACCAUCAGACAACAGAAAGUGUUGAGUGUUUUCAUAACGAGGGGGAGUGUGUGUGUGUGUGUGUGUGUGUGCAGUGACCAUUUCCAGGAAGAGGUACAGAGGGGGCAGCAGUGUGUGUGUGUGUGUGUCAGUAACUUAAGUGACUUCCUGGUCUACCGGGUGUAUCCUGUUAAAACACACUUAGAGGGUCGAGUGUGUGUUCAUUAACUUUAUUAACAACAGAACACACACACACACACGCUCUCACACACACAGCUGUAGCAGGCGGACACCUGAGACCAGGUACAGGACCCAGAGUCACAUGACCAAGACACACCAAAGGACAGGGUUUCAUACAACACACUCCUUACAAAAUGUGUGUGUGUGUGUGUGUGUGUGUGUGUGUGUGUGUGUGUGUGUGCGUGCGUGCGCGCACCACCAGGGGGCGUAAAUCAGAGCUGAACCAGAAGAGGGUCAGACCUUCAGGUGGACCCCCCCCCCCCCAAUCAAUACAAACUGAUAGAUGAUCAAUAAUCAGCUGGGGGGUAUUCCACGAAGCUGGCUUAGCUCAAAGCCUGGCUUAUUUCGGUUAGCUUGGCUAAUUUUAAUGAGAGUUCAGUUCCACAAACCAGGCUUAGGUCUAGCGUGGCUUGGUAACCAUGGUAACUCAGCCAGCGCGACAAGCCUGGUCCCAGGCAGGCUUACGGUCAAGCUAACCUUAGCUGCGUCUCAGAGAAGGUCCGACGGGCUUCCAGAAGACGCUUUGUGAGCCGUAUGUCACACAGUAAUUUCAUCUUCAUCUGUAAUAAAUGAUGCUCUUGUUUGGAAAAAUAAAUUUAGAGCUUUUACUACAAAAAAAUACUACACCAACCUCAAAGAGAAAGAGAAAUUCAGUAGCUGAGUGGGUAAAGAGAAAUGUCGGGUUGUGGGUUUGAUCCCGUCAGCGGUAAUUAUUUGGAAAUAUCUGAUUUUCUCUCUUUUAUUCUGUGACUCUCAAUUUACUGUCAACACAUAACAGAAAAAAGGCACAAACGAUCUCAUCCAAAACACUGAAGGCGACAACAGCAACAAUUUCCCAUUAAAAAAACCUUCCUUUCACCAGUGGUCCAUUCUGAUUAUGAUGAUGAUAAUGUAAAGGUGAUGGCAAAUGACGACAUGACUACUCUGUGUACAAGCUCAUUUGUGUCUUCUCCCUUAUUUAAAAGAAGGGCGCUGUGCCACCAUCAUCCCUAAUAAAAAAAAGACAUCUCCAGGUACAUGUUUUUCUUCACUUUUUGUCUAAGUUUGCCUACUUUGGUUUUAGGUCUUACCUGUAGCUGCUGUACUAAUCCAUUAUGGAUAUCUAUUUGUCAAAUCAAGAACAUGAAUUAUGCCUACAGUACAGUAGCGGUUCUUGGCCCGGGGCGGCAUUUGUGUCAUGACUCAUGGGGGGCGGCACGAGCACUUCCAAAAUAGAAAGAAAAAAGAUAAUUAUAAUAAUAAAUCUGCACUUCAAAGCGGUUUUGUAUUAACUCUUGUCAAAUUGGCGCCCCCUGCUGCUGUAGGCGCCCCUGCUUGCUGCUAAGGUGCUGCACAGAGGCUGACAGACUGUAUGAGUGAGCUGCACAUACAUGAGAUGAAAAGUUUUUUUAAAAAGUGUUUACAGUACAUGCGCAGAAGUGAGGAAUAAAAUUAGACAGCCAAGCAGGCUGACUGCAUCGAGACGUGUCUGUUGUAAAAUAUUUGUCGGCUGUAACUAACUAAUGUAAACGGUCCGCGAUACAGUGUUGUCCUUCUUUUAAAUUCUUCCCUUGUACUCUUCGUACAACUCCAUGAGGAGUGCUCGCUGAGAAAGACUCCGCUCUGCCCUUUUUUUUCCAUGAUCUCGUCAUUUCGACAAUCGAUACGUCGGGGCUUUCUUUGUAACGCGGAGGCGCGCAUAGCCGCGGCUUGGAUCAGCCUGGCUAGAAUAAGCGUCUCUGAAAAACAGCUGAGCCUCGUUAGUGGAACGAGUCGCAGCUAAGAUUAAAGUGGCCACUUAUUCAAGCCACGCUUACCGGCGAUAGCCCAGACUUAUUUAGCCAGCUUCGUGGAAUACCCCCCUGGUCUGAUCAAUCAAAGUGUUUUAUUUAGCUCUGUGUUUGUGUUUGUGUAUGUGUGUAAGUGUGUGUGUCUGUGUGUUUUAAAGUGUGUCUCUGUGUGUCUCAUCAGUUUAAUUGAAUCUCUUUCACGGACUCUCAAGAGACACGACUGCGCACGCGCGCGCACACACACACACACACACACACACACACACACACACCCUCCCUCCCUCCCAGUGUGUGUGCAUGGCAGUGCGUGCCUGCCGGUAGGUCGGUCAGAUUUAGACCCGGACUCAGAGGACUGCAGAGACCCGCACGAACCCCCUUGACUAACGAGAGACGGAUCCCGGUGCACGUGCGCGCGACCAGCAGGACUCCUUUUCCUGUUUGUGUGUGGAAACCUGCGCGCGCUCUAACCCGUCUCUUCUCUCUUUUUCUUCUUCUUCGUGGGCUCAUGGAGCUUCAGGAGGACUGAGGACCUGAACAGGUGAGUGCGUUUACCUUUACUUUGAUUGACACGUGUCUGAGAGGCUCCCAGGAUUCUGAUCAAUCAGCUGAUCAGGUUUACUCUGGUCUGAUUAAGUGACAGGAAUCUAUACGAUCACAGCACAGCACACGAUCAAUAAUCAGUAAUGUACAUUUAACAGCAUGAGAAUCAAGUUACUGACAAAAAAACGACAAACUGAUGAGAAAAAAGAGACAAAAACGGACUGUAAGGAAAAAACAUGAAAAAAAAGAGACUCUAGACUUUAGACAACAUAGAUCUGUAACAUGGAACUGUAUCAUAGAUCUGUAUCAUGAACACAGAUCUAUGUCACACAGAUCUGUGUGAUCUAGAUCUGUAAUAUAAGCAUAAACAUGUAACACGGAUGUAUAACAUAGAUCUGUAACAUGAAUAUAGAUCUGUGUUACAUAAAUCUUUAACAUAAACAGAUCUGUGUGACAUAGAUCUGUAACAUAGCUCUGUAUCAAAACACAGAUCUGUGUUACAUAGAUCUGUAACAUAAACACAGACCUGUAACAUAGAUCUGUAACAUAAACACAGAUCUCUGUUACAUAGCUCUUUAACAUAAACACAGACCUGUAACAUAGAUCUCUUACAUAGAUCUGUAACAUAAACACAGCUCUGUGUUACAUAGAUCUGUAUUACACUGAUCUGUAACGGAAACACAGAUCUGUAUUACACCGAUCUGUAACAGAAACACAUCUGUAUUACAUAGAUCUGUAACAGAAACAUAGUGGCCCUGCAGUGGAGCCUUGAGGAACUCCCUGCUAUUUCCCAUCAGUCCUUUUCAUGAACUCGGUACUCGCUCUGCAGUGAGAAAAUAAGAAACCAAAUCUCUGCAACUUUUGUGGUUUUUGUGAUGAAAACAGAUCAGAUUUUCUCACUGAACUGAACAGCUGAUUCCCCCGUCACAUAAAUCAAACUCUUCACAGCAAAUCAGUCAGACACAUAGACUGUUUAUACUGUGGACAACUUGGUUCCGCCUACCGCCUGUAUUUAGAUUUGAAGCCAAAUAGCUCUCGUUAUUUCCGUGAUUUUUCUUCAUUUCCUGAAACCAGCGCUGCGCAGUAGCAAUGCACGCAUUCGGCCGCGCAGUCGCAGAGAGUCGCUGUGAUGACGCUCGGCUCAAACAGAGUAUCCCCCAGGAGAGCUACGCAAUCCCUGAACGCCCAUAGGCUGUUUUAGCUGUCAAUCAUAGAAAACAUGAACCCCCUAAUAACUUUUAAAAACGGAGCUUCACAGAAAAAAGAGGACUUGAGCACAAACCAGUCUUACAAUAACUACAUGUCAACAUCACAAGCAGGGGGGAGAAAAAAUUAUGUUCUGUGUAAUAAAUUUCUAAAGUUUGUCCACAGCUCCAUAAGCUUUGCUGGCGGAGGCGGGAUUUAUAACCUAUACUGCAGCCCAUCAACAGAGGGUGCUGUUCUCGGAGUGGCUUUACCCAGCAAGGAGGCAGACUCUGUCCAUUCUAUAUACAGUCUAUGGUCAGACAUAAAUGCGUGACUGUGCCUUUAAUAAAAGUUUACACCAUCUUUGACAUAUUGGUGAAAAUCUGUGACUGGACCAAACAGUUGUUCAGAGAGCCAAUCAGCGAGCAGAAGCUUUUUUUAACACUGAUAAUUUUUUUUUCUUUUUCUUAAUUUGUGUUACCGUGGCGAUCAUGAUCAUACAGACAUGUUCGACCAUCAUGGUGAUGAAGCAUCUUCACUGUCCGCUCCAACGAGGAGGAAACUCGUUGAUGAAGCUGAAGAGUCUGAAGACCAAUGUUGAAGUUUGUUUGUUCAGAUGAUCCAUAAAGUGAUCCUGUUUACAGUCAGAGAGCAUCUAUGAUUUCUACGUCUAACCUUAGAGACCGAGAGACACAUCGCACCUGAGCUGUCCAACAGCUGCACCUGAAACUCAACCUGCAGGAAGUUUGUGAACCCUCACUUCCUGUGAUCGUGAUCGGACAGCUGAUGAUUGAAGCGGUUCUGAUUCGAGUUCUGAAUAUGUCUGUGAACACAGUUGACCAAAGAAGAGCAUCACAUCAGAACACAGAGGUGUUCCUAAUAGUAUGGCUCCACAGAUAGAUAGAUAGAUAGAUAGAUAGAUAGAUAGAUAGAUAGAUAGAUAGAUAGAUAGAUAGAGUGGUGGUUAGUUAAACAGCAUGGUCAGUUUCUUCGCUCUGCAGCUGUUUUAUAACUGCACUUAUAUAACACUGAGGGCUGCAGAGGAACAAUGACACACACAAACACAUGCUCAUGCACAUGCUCACAAAUACACACACACACACACACUAGAAAACAAGGACUCUGUAGACAUAGAAAGUUAAUCAUAGAAUAUCAGCAAGUUUUCAGUUUUGUGAUUCAAACUAAUUAAAUUAAAAUCAUUCAAAGAAAAUUUAACUUAAUCCACCACAUUUUUAAUGUUUGAGAUUGAAAUAAAAAAAUUUAAAAAAAUUAUUUAAGUUCAAUGUAAUUAUCGGGAGACAACAAAAAGUUUUUAUGUAGUCUAUAACAGUCUGAGUCCAUAACAGUCUAUGACAGUCUAUAACAGUCUAAGUCUAUAACAGUCUGAGUCUAUAACAGUCUAUAUAGGUCUAAAACAGUCUGAGUCUAUAAAGGUCUAUAACAGUCUAAGCCUAUGACAGGCUGAGUCUAUAACAGACUAUAACACUGAGUCUGUGACAGGUUGGGUCUAUAACAGUCUAUAACAGUUUAGGUCUAUAAAAGUCUAUAAUAGUCUGAGUCUAUAACAGUCAAUAACAGUCUGAGUCUAAACAGUCUAUAAUAGUCUGAGUCUAUAAGAGUCCUUAACAGUUUAAGUCUAUAACAGUCAAAAACAGUCUGAGUCUAUAACAGUUUGUAAAAGUCUAAGUCUAUAACAGUCUAUAUAUCUCAAUAACAGUCAGAGUCUAUAAAGGUCUGUAACAAUCUGAGUCUAUGAUAGGUUGAGUCUAAAACAGUCUGAGUCUGUAACAGUCUGCCACAGUCUGAGUCUAUAACAGUCUAUAUAAGUCUAUAACAGUCUGAGUCUAUAAGUGUCUAUAACAGUCUGAGUCUAGAACAUUCUUUAACAGUUUAGCUCUAUAACGGUCUAUAGUAGUCUAAUUCUAUAACACAAUAACAGCCUGAGUCUAUUACAGUCUAUAAGAGUCUCAGGCUAAAACAGUCUAUAUCUUUACCAGUCCGAGUCUAUAACAGUCUAUGAUAGUCUGUGACAGUCUUAGUCUAUAACAGUCCAUAACAGUGAGUCCAUAACAGUCUCUUAUAGUCUAAGUAAUAAUAGUAAUAAUAGUCUAUAACAGUCUAUAACAGUGUGAGUCUAUCACAGUCUAUAACAGUGUGAGUCUAAAACAGUCUAUAUCUUUACCAGUCUGAGUCUAUAACAGUCUAUGAUAGUCUGUGACAGUCUCAGUCUAUAACAGUCCAUAACAGUGAGUCUAUAACAGUCCAUAACAGUUUAGGUCUUUAACAGUCUAUAGUAGUCUGAGUCUUUAACAGUCUAUGAGAGUCUCAGUCUAUGACAGUCUGUAACAGUCUGAGUCUAUAACAGUCUAUAGUAGUCUAACUCUGCAACAGUCUGAGUCUAUAAGUCUGUAUAACUCUGUAACAAUAUGAGUCUAUAAAGGUCUAUAACAUCUGAGUCUAUGACAGGCUAAGUCUAUUACAGACUAUAACUGUUUAGGUCUAUAACAGUCAAUUAUAGUCUGAGUCUAUAACUGUCUAUAACAGUCUGAGCCUAUAACAGUCUAUAAACUGUAAGUCUAUAACAGUCGAAGUCUUUAACAGUCCAUAAAACUCUGAGUCUAUAACAGUCUAUAUAAGUCAAUUAAGUCUGAGUCUACGACAGUCAAUAACAGUCUGAGUCUAAAACAAUAUGAGUCUAUAAAGGUCUAUAACAUCUGAGUCUAUGACAGGCUAAGUCUAUUACAGACUAUAACUGUUUAGGUCUAUAACAGUCAAUUAUAGUCUGAGUCUAUAACUGUCUAUAACAGUCUGAGCCUAUAACAGUCUAUAAACUGUAAGUCUAUAACAGUCGAAGUCUUUAACAGUCCAUAAAACUCUGAGUCUAUAACAGUCUAUAUAAGUCAAUUAAGUCUGAGUCUACGACAGUCAAUAACAGUCUGAGUCUAAAACAGUCCAUAAAAGUCUGAGUCUAUAACUGUCUGAUUCUACAUCAGUCUAUAACAGUGUGAGUCUAUAACAGUCUGAGUCUAUAACAGUCUAUAACAGUCUGAGUCUACAAGUCUGAGUCUAUAACAGUCUAUAUACACUCACCGGCCACUUUAUUAGGUACACCAUGCUAGUAACGGGUUGGACCCCCUUUUGCCUUCAGAACUGCCUCAAUUCUUCGUGGCAUAGAUUCAACAAGGUGCUGGAAGCAUUCCUCAGAGAGCUUGGUCCAUAUUGACAUGAUGGCAUCACACAGUUGCCGCAGAUUUGUCGGCUGCACAUCCAUGAUGCGAAUCUCCCGUUCCACCACAUCCCAAAGAUGCUCUAUUGGAUUGAGAUCUGGUGACUGUGGAGGCCAUUUGAGUACAGUGAACUCAUUGUCAUGUUCAAGAAACCAGUCUGAGAUGAUUCCAGCUUUAUGACAUGGCGCAUUAUCCUGCUGAAAGUAGCCAUCAGAAGUUGGGUACAUUGUGGUCAUAAAGGGAUGGACAUGGUCAGCAACAAUACUCAGGUAGGCUGUGGCGUUGCAACGAUGCUCAAUUGGUACCAAGGGGCCCAAAGAGUGCCAAGAAAAUGUUCCCCACACCAUGACACCACCACCACCAGCCUGAACCGUUGAUACAAGGCAGGAUGGAUCCAUGCUUUCAUGUUGUUGACGCCAAAUUCUGACCCUACCAUCCGAAUGUUGCAGCAGAAAUCGAGACUCAUCAGACCAGGCAACGUUUUUCCAAUCUUCUAUUGUCCAAUUUCGAUGAGCUUGUGCAAAUUGUAGCCUCAGUUUCCUGUUCUUAGCUGAAAGGAGUGGCACCCAGUGUGGUCUUCUGCUGCUGUAGCCCAUCUGCCUCAAAGUUCGACGUACUGUGCGUUCAGAGAUGCUCUUCUGCCUACCUUGGUUGUAACGGGUGGUUAUUUGAGUCACUGUUGCCUUUCUAUCAGCUCGAACCAGUCUGGCCAUUCUCCUCUGACCUCUGGCAUCAACAAGGCAUUUCCGCCCACAGAACUGCCGCUCACUGGAUAUUUUUUCUCUUUUCGGACCAUUCUCUGUAAACCCUAGAGAUGGUUGUGCGUGAAAAUCCCAGUAGAUCAGCAGUUUCUGAAAUACUCAGACCAGCCCUUCUGGCACCAACAACCAUGCCACGUUCAAAGUCACUCAAAUCACCUUUCUUCCCCAUACUGAUGCUCGGUUUGAACUGCAGGAGAUUGUCUUGACCAUGUCUACAUGCCUAAAUGCACUAAGUUGCCGCCAUGUGAUUGGCUGAUUAGAAAUUAAGUGUUAACGAGCAGUUGGACAGGUAUACCUAAUAAAGUGGCCGGUGAGUGUAUAUCAUUUUAAGUCUGAGUCUGUAACAGUCUAUAACAGUCUGAGUCUAUAUCAGUCUUAGUCUGAGUCUUACCUCUAAUUUGAACCUGUAUUUUUGUUUUAACUCUUUAGUUUAGAUUUUAACAGAUAUCCUCUCUCCGACUCUGUCUGGUGGAUUAUAUUUAAGUAGACUAUCCUGAUAAUCGUUGAUGAAUAACAGGUCAUUAAGAGUUCUCUGAGAUAUGAUGAUUCCAGACCAUGAAGAGCUUGUAUGUCAGAAGAUCAGAAGAUCUCUAUGGUUUCUCAGGUUUUAUGGAAAGAUCAGAUUUAUUUCUGUUUGGUAGAAAGGGAUUUACUUUAGGGUCAUAACUCAAAUUUAGUCACUUUAUAAUGUUUGAUAACAGGUCACUCAUUCACUAACAUCAGGAGUUAGUUCCUCCUCUGUCACCAAGGUAACAGCCUGCUGCUCUGUGUGUGUGUGUGUGUGUGUGUGUGUGUGUGUGUGUGUGUGUGUGUGUGUGUGUGUGUGUGUGUGUGUGUGUGUGUGUGCGCUGCGCUAUUCUAAACAGAACAUCUGAAAGUCUAUGAACAUUAGAGUCUUUAAAAUCUAAUUAUCAACAUGUCAUGAAACACACCUGCAGGUGUUUGUGUGUGUGUGUGUGUGUGUGUGUGUGUGUGUGUGUGUGUGUGUGUUUAUGUGAUAAUGUAAUCCAAUCAUCAAUGAGGGGACUGGGAGUACUGGUGUUUAAAUGGUGGGCGUCUGCAGCCUGGAGGGAACAUGAAUAAGAAUAAUAUUGAUGUAAAUAGGCGGAUUGUUCCUUUAAUGAGGAUCACAGCCCAGCUGUGGUUCUGGUGAGUCCAGACAUCAGAGUUUCUUCAGGACCUCAUCCUGGAUCUGCUCGAUUUCAUCACUUUGUGAGAUAUGACAUCAGCCUCUGCCAUCCAAUCAGGACAAAGCUUAAGGACACGCCGACUAGGCUGUUCCUCACCCAUAAAGUCCAUCCCCUGCUGAUUCUCCUCCUCCUCCUCCUCAGUCUCUAAAGUCUCUCUUAGUCUCCUUCUGGUCUUGAAGGACAGUCUCAGCUGUUUCCACAUUUGGACGUUUUCAGGACGCCAUCAUAGCUGUUAGCGCUCACCACUUCACUGAGGAAAGCAAGACCAGAACCAGCUGUAUUAGAGUGUUAGCUGAUACUGGAAUCUGGAUCCGUUCAGACCUUCAUAAAGUGGAAACAGUGUUAGAUCAGCUGAUCAUGGAGCUGCAGCUGUGUAAUAGAUGGAUAGAUAGAUAUACUUUAUUGAUCCCAAACUGGGAAAUUCUUAAAUUGUUGCACCUUAAAUUGUUUGUUUGUUUAUCAUCCCAUCUGUAUAUUUCGCAUUUCAUAUUUAUUACUCAUUUCAUAUUUAUUAUUCAUUUCAAUGGCCCACUUUUUUCAUAUCUCACUUUUUUCUCUUUCUCACUUUAUCUCUAUAUUUAUUUAUUGUAUACAUUUAGUAUAUUAAGUCUGCAUUGUACAUACUUCUUUUAUUUAAUUUUAUUUUAUUUUGAGUUUUUAUUGCUGCUGUAACAUGAGAAUUUCCCAGUUUAAGAUCAAUAAAGUAAAAAGUAACACCCCCCACUGUGUCGGAGUCAUUAGAGCGGCUAAUCAUGCGUAGCUCAUCCAAAGGUCUGUCAGACUGACAGGUAUGUGUUCAUGAAAGUUCCAGAUGUUUCUGUGUAACCUUUACACGUGUGUUUGUUUCCCCCCAGCUUGUCUGACAGGCUAUUAGGCUCUUCCCCCUCACCAUGUGGUCUGUGAGGCCCCACCCCCUGCUCCUGCUCUUUAUCCUCGUCAAAUCAGUUGGCUCCUCCCUCUCAGCUGACAAUGACACAGAGGUUCUUCAGGAGGUGAUCCUGGCCGCCAUCUUACCUCUGACCAACACUGAUUACGCGUGGGCGUGGCCUCGUGUGGCGCCAGCUCUCCAGCGAGCGGUGCAGCAGGUGAACUCUGACCCCUGGUUGCUGCCAGGUCUGAGGCUGCAGCUGGUCCACCGGAGCUCUGAGAACCGUGAUGGCUUCUGCUCCGACUCCAUGGCGCCACUGGUUGCCGUUGACCUGGAGAUGGCCCAUGAACCCUGGGCCUUCAUUGGACCGGGCUGUGACUACUCUUCCUCGCCAGUUGCACGCUUCACCACCCACUGGCAGGUCCCCAUGGUGACGGCAGGUGCCCGAGCUGUAGGCUUCGAGCAGUACACCGCUGUCACCAACGUAGGCCCCACCCACAAGAAGUUGGGCGAGCUGGGCCUGAGGAUCCAGGAGACCUUUGGCUGGAGGCAGCACGCCAUGCUUAUCUUUAGUGACAACAAGGACGCCAACGACGACCGUCCGUGUUACUUCGCUGUGGAGGGGCUGUACACGCUGCUGGGAAAACACAACAUCAGCAUCCGCGACCACGUGAUGGAGGCCGACUUCAGCUACCGACAGGUGGUGCAGGAAGUCCGUGACCACGGCAGAGGUCAGAGUCCAACCAUCCAUGACUUCCUGUCCCAUCAUCCUUCAUCUCCUCUGCUCCCUUCUUUACUUCCUCUUUUCACUGUGCAUCCUUAUUUCCUUCCUUCUUUCCCUCAACUGCUUUCUUCAUCCACCAGCCCGGUCUUUUCCUUCCUCCUUUCCUUCCUUCCUUCCUUUCCCCCUUUCCUACUUCCUCCUCUCCUUCCUUCCUUCUGUCACUCAUGUGAAAGUGUCGGCACAUUAGUCUUCAUCCUGAAGCUCUUCUGUUUCUUCAGUCAAGAAUGAAAUUAAAGAUGCAGCCUGUCGGUGGGUUUAAUUAAACACCUGUUCUCAGGGGAUGCAGUCUGAACAGUCUCUCAGGUGUCAGUGGAAACCUGUCUUAAUGGUCUUCCAAUAAGCCACACCCACCCAGGUUUGACCCGGCUUCCCUGAUUGGUCACUUGGAGUCUUUUGGUGUCUGUUUCCUGUGAAUAAUAAAAACUGUAAGCUGCUGGUGGACACAGGCCCUCCCUCUGCCUGUUUAUCCCCCUAUCCUUCUUCUUCUUCCUCUCUCCGUCUGCUGUUUCCUCUAUAAAUGAGGGUUAAUUAUUGUUUGACUUUGAGCUGCAGAAGUUACUGAAUGCUCAGAAAGUUUGUGUGUGUGUGUGUGUGUGUGUGUGUGUGUGUGUGUGUGUGUGUGUGUGUGUGUGUGUGUGUGUGUGUGUGUGUGUGUAUAAAAACAGAAACAUGUGAAACUCUUAUUUUCACAUGUGAAUGGGUCAGAGAGCAGCUGGGAUGGGUGGUUGGGGGUUUGUCGAAUUAAAGGAUCGUUGUUAUCAUAAUUCUCAGGCUAAAUUCAUAAGGGGGGUGCGGUGGGGGGGUAGUUUUUAAUAUUAUCAUAGUGGAGGAGGAUAUUUGACUAUGACUCUCAUAUUUAUAUUAAACUCCACUUAGACAGUAAAGUAACUUAACUCCCAAAGGACACUGAAUGCAUGUACAAAUGUAUUUAGAUAAAGAGGGACUUUAUGACGAGCAAAGUACAAACACUGUGAGUCCAUCCUUCAGAGAGGAACCGUAACACCAAACCCAUGAUUCCGGGGUCAUUAAAGGUUAGGGUGAUGAUAAUAGUGAUGAUCAUGUUGAUAACAAGGAUGAUAAUAGUAAUGACGAUGAUGAUGGUGACAAAAAUGAUGAUGAUAAUGGUGUUGAUAAUGAUAAUGAUGAUGAUGGUGAUAAUCAUGAUGGUGAUGAUGAUGAUAAUGGUGAUAAAAAUGAUAAUGGUGAUGAUGAUAACAAUGUUGAUGAUGAUGAUGAUGAUGGUGAUGAUAAUGUGUAUGGUGAUGAUGAUGAUGAUGAUGAUGAUGAUGAUGAUGAUGAUGAUGAUGGUGAUGAUAAUGGGUAUGGUGAUGAUGAUGAUGAUGAUGAUGAUGAUGAUGAUGAUGGUGAUGAUAAUGGGUAUGGUGAUGAUGAUGAUGGUGAUGAUAAUGGGUAUGGUGAUGAUGAAAAUGACGAUGAUGGUGAUGAUAAUGGGUAUGGUGAUGAAAAUGAUGAUGAUUGUGAUGAUAAUGGUAUGGUGAUGAUGAUGAUGAUGAUGAUGAUGAUGGUAUUGAUAAUGGGUAUGGUGAUGAAAAUGAUGAUGAUUGUGAUGAUAAUGGUAUGGUGAUGAUGAUGAUAAUGACGAUGAUGAUGAUGGUAUAAUGCUAAUGAUAAUGACGACGAUGAUGAUGACAAUGAUGAUGAUGAUAAUGUGGUGAUGAUGGUGAUGAUGAUGAUGAUGAUGGUAAUUUCAUUGAUGAUUAUGAUGUUGGUGGUGAUGAUUAUGAUGAUGGUGAUGAUGAUCAUAAUGAUGAUGAUAUUGAUGAUGAUGAUGGUGGUCAUUAUGAUUAUCAAGCUCUCAUGUUCUCAUCAGAGUCAGCUGGUUAAGUGGGAUGAUUAUUGCCAUGGCUACAGACAAGCGGUGUGAUGAUGUCAUCACAAACGAACUGAUAACAGGUGGUAACCGGACCUGGCUUCACUUAGACUGUGUGUGUUUGUGUGUGUGUGUGUGUGUGUGUGUGUGUGUGUGUGUGUGUUUUCUUCUUCAGUGGUGUAUCUGUGCUGUCCCCCUGACGUCCUCAGGACACUGAUGGUCCACUUCUGGAGGGAGGGGGUGGAGCUCGGGGACUACGUCUUUUUCUUUAUCGACCUGUUUGGUGAAAGUCUGGGGGGGCGGAGCCAGGUCAGGCCAUGGUUAAGAGGAGACCAGGACGACUAUGCCGCACGCCACGCAUUCAGGGUGAGAUGUUCAUCACAGACCAGAGCAGGGACCUGUUUUUUCUGUCUGAACAGAUGUUAGGAAGUACCUAACCGAUUCUGCCCCCUGUCUGUCUGUCCCUGUCUGACUCUGUCUGUCCCUGUUUGUCUCUGUCUCUGUCUGUCCCUGUCUGUUCCUGUCUGUCCCUGUCUGACUCUGUCUGUCCCUGUUUGUCUCUGUCUCUGUCUGUCCCUGUCUGUCCCCGUCUGCCUCUGUCUGUCCCUGUCUGUUCCUGUCUGUCUCUGUUCCUCUUCUUCUCUGUCUGUCCCUGUCUGUCUCUGUUUGUCCCUGUUUGUCUCUGUCUGUCCCCAUCUGUCUCUGUCUCUGUCUGUCCCUGUCUGUCCCCGUCUGCCUCUGUCUGUCCCUGUCUGUUCCCGUCUGUCUCUGUUCCUCUGUCUGUCUCUGUCUGUCCCUGUCUGUCUCUGUCUGUCCCCGUCUGUCUCUGUCUGUCCUUGUCUGCCCCUGUCUGUUCCCGUCUGUCUCUGUUCCUCUCCUUCUCUGUCUGUCCCUACCUGUCUCUGUCUGUCCCCGUCUGUCUGUCUCUGUUCCUCUUCUUCUCUGUCUGUCCCUGUCUGUCUCUGUUUGUCCCUGUUUGUCUCUGUCUGUCCCCAUCUGUCUCUGUCUCUGUCUGUCCCUGUCUGUCCCCGUCUGCCUCUGUCUGUCCCUGUCUGUUCCCGUCUGUCUCUGUUCCUCUGUCUGUCUCUGUCUGUCCUUGUCUGCCCCUGUCUGUUCCCGUCUGUCUCUGUUCCUCUCCUUCUCUGUCUGUCCCUACCUGUCUCUGUCUGUCCCCGUCUGUCUCUGUCUGUCCUUGUCUGCCCCUGUCUGUUCCCGUCUGUCUCUGUUCCUCUCCUUCUCUGUCUGUCCCUACCUGUCUCUGUCUGUCCCCGUCUGUCUGUCUCUGUCCGUGUCUGUCCCUGUCUGUCCCUUGUCUCUCCCUGUCCCCGUCUGUCUCUGUUCCUGUCUGUCCAUUGUUGUCCCUGUUUAUCUCUAUCUGUCUCUGUCUGUCCCCGUCCUUCUCCAUCUGUCCCUGUCUGUCUCUGUCUCAGAGUGUGAAGGUGUUGACCUACCUGGAGCCCCAGAACCCGGAGUAUCUUCAGUUCUUGGUCACUUUGAAGGACGAUGCUCAGAGGAUGUUUAACUUCAGCAUUGGAGACUCUCUGGUACUGAGCAUGCUCAGUGUGACAUUAUCAUGAAGAUAAUGUAAAGAACAAGUCCAGUUUUAAUGACCCAAGAACAUGUCCGUCUCUGUGUCUCUCUGUGUCCCCGUCAGUAUAACCUGAUCGCCGCAGGUUUCCAUGACGGCGUGCGGCUCUACUCUCAGGCUCUUCAUGAGACAUUGAGCGAUCAGAGACCAGGACCAGGACGGGUCCGGAGGCCCAGUGCGGACACGGUGACAAAGAGGAUGUGGAACAGAACUUUUCCAGGUGAGGACAGAUUUCUGCUCCCAUGUUUGUCUGAUUUAGGGCUUGUUGUUUUCAGCCAAUCCGAGAGCAGAUCAGGGCGGCAGUAAUAGUCACUGUGGGGUUUCUGUCCUGGUCUGCGGUCAGAGUCCCACAUUUCCUGUUUUCAUGUUCCCAGCUAACACGCUAACAGGCUAACUCUCUGAAGACACUCUGCGUGUGUGUGUGUGUGUGUGUGUGUGUGUGUGUGUGUGUGUGUGUGUGCUCCUCUUUCCCUCUGCUCCAUCUGUCAAUCAUUUAACCCCGCCCACUCUCUAAUGAGCCUUGACCAACGAAUCAGGAGUCUCCCAGCUCUGUGAGAUCGCCACGGGAACAGCUGUGUCCUCUGAAUGUAUUUAUUAUCUCUCUGGGAUUGUCCAUCAUUACACACACACACACACACACACACACACACACACACACACACACACACACACACACACACACACACACACAUUAAGUGUGAUAGUUUUUCAGAAUAAAAGCCUCAGGUUAUACACAGCAGACUAUCUGCUCUCGUCGUCGUCUCUGUGUGACUCUGACUGUCUCUGGGGAUUAUCACUCUCUCAUUCGUCUACUGUCCACACUCACCUGUCCAACUCUGUCUCACCUUAACAACACCUCAUUUGUUUUCUCAUAGACAUCAAGGUUUAGUCAUGACAUGAGGAUAAAACAGAGACUGUUUCAGCAUGAGAACAUGUGGACAAACCUGAGAUAGUGUAAAAAAAAAAAACUUAUGUACCCUGAGAUAGUCUGAGACAAUCUGAGAUAAUCUGAAGUAAAAUUAGAUAAUGUAAAUGACCUGAGAUAAUCUGAGAUAACCUGAGAUUACCUGAGUUAAUGUAAAAAAAACUGAUGUACCCUAACAUAAUCUGAGAUGAUCUGAGAUAACCAGUGAUAAUCUGAGAUAAUAUAAGGUUCGUCUUAGACCCAGUCAUGUGACUAACCUGUUUGACAUUUCCCUCAUUAGUUGUAGAUGUUCCUGCAGAUGUUUGUGUAGCAUCAGAACUUUGGACCUGUUUGGUUUUUCCUCCAUUUUUCAUAUUUUUGUUGUAAUUUUGUUGGCUGCUGAUGGAUACUUCUGCUGGGCAAAGAGUUUAAUCAAGAGAAGAGCUCCUUUCAUUGAGGAAAAGCAAAUCUGGACAACAACAUACAAUUCCAGAGGACAUCAGGAGGUGUUAUUGUGGUUGCCGUGCUGGUGCAAAGGUGAAGGCAAAGCUGAAUGCUAGGAGGUGGCGAUAUAAACCCUUCUUCCAUCAAUCACCAUGGGAAACGUCAACUCUCUGCCCAACUAAAGCGAUGAGCUGGAGAUCUUGGUGAAGACUGAGAAAGCAUACCGUGAGUGCAGUUUCCUGUGUUUUACUGAAACCUGGUUGAGUCAAAACAACUCAGACUCCAGUGUGGAUCUAUCUGGCUUCACUCUCAUAAGGUCAGACAGAGAUGCUCAAGCUAGUGGCAAGAAGAAAGGAGGAGGUCUGGCUUUAUUUGUCAACCAGAGAUGGUGUAACCCUUCACACAUAACUGUCCAAGAGAAGUUGUGUUGUCCAGAUAUUGAACUGUUGGCAGUUGCUCUUCGGCCAUAUUACGUUCCCAGAGAAUUCAGUCAUAUCAUAACAGUAGUUGUUUUCAUUCCACCCAAAUCAACUGAGGAAUGUUGCGAUGUUUUGCAAAAUAGUGUUGCCAGGCUAAAGACUCAACACCCGGAGGCACUAAUAAUAAUAUCAGGAUACUUCAACCAUGUCGCCCUCUCCUCUCACCUGACUGGAUUCACACAGUUUGGGAACUGUCCUACCAGAGAAAACAAAACCCUGGAUCUGCUGUAUGCCAACGUCAAAGAAGCCUACAGAGCCACUGCCUUACCACCACUGGGCAAGUCAGAUCAUAACUUGGUCUAUCUGCAAACCUGUUACAGCCUGUGACCAAAGUCAAAAUCAGAAGAUGGACACCUCAAGCCAGUGAAGCUCUAAGGGACUGUUUUAGAUCAACAGACUGGAAUGUGCUGCUGGAAACAGAUGUGGAUAGCAUGAACAUUGACAAACAGGUUGACUGCUUUACUGAUUAUGUCAACUUCUGUAGAGACACAGUUAUACCCACAAAAACUGUUCACUGUUUCCCCAACAACAAACCCUGGAUCACAAGAGACAUAAAAGCAAUCCUUAACCAGAAAAAGAAAGCUUCUAAAGAUGGUGACAAAGAACAACUCAAACAAGUGCAACAAGAUUUGAAGAGGAGACUGAAGAUGGCAAAGCUGGAGUACAAAAAGAAGGUAGAGAAGAAUCUACAACAUCUGUGAAGUGUGGAGAGGAAUCAGUACCAUCUCUGGACACAGCAAUAAAACGAAAAGACAGCCAGUGGUGGGUGAGGUGAAAAGAGCUGAUGAACUCAACCUGUUCUUCAACAGAUUUGACACUGCUGUCACACCCACUCCCACUGCUACUUCACCUUCUUCUCCACAACAAAUCUCCUCUACAACUUCUCCCUUUCCUCCUCCAUCUCAUUCAAAUGUCUCAACCACUUCAACUGCCUCCCUCCUAGAGCACCAGUCCUUGUCUGUCACUGAAACAGGGGUGAGGAAGGAGCUUGGAAGACUUUGUCCUGGGAAGGCAGCUGGUCCAGAUGGUGUGUGUCCAAGGCUGCUUAGAGACUGUGCUGCAGAACUGUGUCAACCUCUCCACAAGAUCUUCAACCUGAGUCUACAGCUGGGGUGGGUACCUGCUCUGUGGAAGAUCCUGCAUUGUGCCAGUACCAAAAACAAAAUGUCCUGCUGAACUGAAUGACUACAGACCAGUGGCCCUCACUUCACAUAUCAUGAAAACCCUGAAGCAGCUGAUUCUACGCCUUCUGAGGUCUGAGGUCAAAGACAAACUGGAUUCCCUGCAGUUUGCAUACAAAGAACACAUUGGGGUGGAUGAUGCUGUCCUCUACAUGCUUCACCGUGCCCUGUCUCAUCUGGAGGAACCUGGGGUUUAUGUGAGGAUCAUGUUCUUCGACUUUUCAAGUGCAUUUAACACCAUCCAACCUACCAUACUCAAAGACCAGCUCACAGAGAUGGGAGUGGAUCCUUCCUGUGUUUCCUGGAUCACAGAUUACCUUACAGGAAGGCCACAGUUUGUCAGGCUGGGGAACUGUGUUUCUGGGACAUUAAUGAGCAGUACAGGGGGUUCCACAAGGGACAGUGCUGGCGCCAUUCCUGUUCACACUGUACACGUCAGACUUCAAAUACAGCACUGAGUCCUGCCACAUCCAGAAAUACUCAGAUGACACCGCUAUUGUGGCAUGUAUCAGAAAUGGACAAGAAGCUGAAUACAGAGAGGAGCCUUCAGUGACUGGAGUCACAAAAACUGCCUCCUCCUCAACACCUCAAAGACAAAGGAGAUGGUCAUAGACUUCCGUAGAUCCAAACCCCCUCUUCAGCCAGUGAACACCUGUGGAGUGGACACUGAAGUGGUGACAUCAUAUAAAUACCUAGGUGUACAUCUGGAUAAUAAGUUGGAUUGGUCUAAGAAUGUAGACUACAUCUGAAGAAAGGGGCAGAGCCGCCUCUUUUGCCUGAGAAGAGUCCAAUCAAUAGACAUCUGUAGUAAGACAGAUGUUUUAUCAGUCUGUGGUGUCUACAGUGUUCUGUUCUACGCUGCAGUCUGCUGGGGAGGAAGCAUCAAACAUAAAGAUGCAAGAUGUCUUAACAAACUGGUGAAAAAGGCUGGCUCUGUGGUAGGACUCAAGCUGGACUCAGUGGAGGAUGUUGUGGAGAGAUCUACACUGAGGAAGGUGGAGACUAUUCUAAAGAACAUGGAUCACCCACUUCACAACACCUUGAUGGACCAGAGGGCAAAUGGUGGUGGACGGCUCCUCUCUCUUCGCUGCAGGACAGAAAGAUUUAGAAGAUCUUUUGUACCAACAGCCAUCAGGCUUUAUAACUCUUAUGUAAAUAAUAGAUAACUUUUAUAGACAUAUUAUGUGAGACAACAGACAAUUGAAUUUCCCUUCGGGGAUCAAUAAAGUUCUUCUUAUUCUUAUCAGAACUUUUCGGUUCGGUAGGUUCUGUGUGUCUGCAUGAAGGUUCUGUGUGGCUCUAAAGACAGUGUAGAGAGCUUUUGUAUCUCAGAUUAGGGAACUGGUCAGUAGGUCAGAUGGGUGUCCUGAAGCUGAUUCUGGUUCUGGUCUUCGUAGAGACCCAGAGAGUGUCUUCAGAGUCAGGCAGAAACCCACUCUCUGGUUUCUCUGGUUUCUCUGGUUUCUCUCUGCAUUGUUCCAAACAGGAAGAGACAGACAGGAAGUCAUCACUCAGCUGUCUCCCUGCUGCUCCAGGAAAAGCCUGUGGACACGUGACCAGAGACAGUCCUCAGAGCGUCCUCCCUGUCCGUUAGAGUUUACAGAAACAAUCCUCCAAUCAGAGGCUCAGUUUUCUGGUCCAUAAAAAUGUCCGUCAGCUGCUGCUGUUGUUGUUUUAAACUCUCAGACUGAACUCUGAGGACAAACACUAAGGGACAGACUGAAGCUGUCAAACUGUGAGAGACGGAUCAGCCAGAGUCCACAAACACACAGACAGGGGGUCAGAGGGGUCUGGAGGGUUUGGAGGGUCCAGACAGAACAUUCCUGUCCUCCUCUAGUUGGAGAAGUUGAUCCACAAACUUUGAACAAUUCGAGAGCAGAAUUAAAGAUUUAAAGAUGAGAAGUCAGGAGAAACGCAAAAUUACCCAAACACGUAUGAAAAUAUGUUUGUGCAGAAUUUUGAAACGAAUCUCUUCUCGUACUUGGAGCUGAGUCAAGCCAACAGACUGCCGGCCUCUAAUUGGCCAGGGAGUGAUGUCACUGGAUGAGUCAUGACAGUAGCGACUAAGUUUGUACGAUCUCUGUGAGAGUCCAGCAGGUCAAAAAACGGGAGAACAACUGCGUGUUUUUUUAACUUUUUCACCCUGACAGAAAACAGCAGGUGGACCACCAGGACCUCCACUGUUGUCUUCCUGUUGCACACUAAUGAUGUCAUUGCUAUGACGACCCAACCCUCGUUAAGGUGGGACUUACCUGUAACUACUGUAGGGCCCGACUAAUUUAUCGGUGAGCCGAUUAAAUCAAUCGGCCCGUUUGAGACUAAUCGGUACUUGGCCAAAACUUGCAGAUUUUCGUCGAUAUUUUCAGAAAUAAAAUGCGGAGAGUAAGAUUCGGUUUCACUUCAAAAAUAUUCCACCAUUUGAAAAGUUACCUCACUUAUCCUGUAGAUGGCGCAGCGACCUCAUGACAAUCUUCAUCCACUAACUACCUCACAGCACAGCAGAGUGACGGAUCUGAAGCAGACAGCUCAGGGACGCACAGAGGGGAGUGGUCCACCUCAGCGCUAAAUAAACCAGUUUGUGAAAUACAAAAUAAGUCAACAAGUUUCAGUUCAACCCACUUCACGAUGUUCCCCGCUGUGCUGGUCUCGGUCACACCGAGUUAACGGUGAAGCACCAGGUAAAAUGAAGCUAAAGUUAGAGUUUUUCUGGUCUGGUUUGAUCAGUCGGUCUUCCUGUCGGCGUGAAGAGCAGUAGCCUACAGUGUAUCUACAGUAUAUUACUGUAGAUAUCUACAGUAUAUAUGUACUUUUUAUAACUCCAUAAAAUUUUUUAAAAAUCAGCCGAUUAAUUGGUAAUCAGAUUUCCCCCCCCCCUAAUAAUCGGUAUCGGCAUCAGCCCCAAAAAAAUCCAUAUCGGUCGGGUCCUACUAACCAGAAAACAUGACCAAAAAAAGGUCAAGUUAAAACUGUGAAAUGGAAAAAAAGUCCCCAUAACAGAAAGACAAACCAGACCGAGCUGAGACACAGAGGACCAGGGUGUCUCGGUGACAGGAUCAUAAAAAACUCCUCCUCCUCCUCCUGGUGUGUGUGUGUGUGUGUAGGUGUGUGGUCAAGGUGAGGGUAGAGACACAGCCACAGGAAGUGACACGCCUCAGUGUGACACAGCUGGAGACAACGAACUAAUGAGAUUAUGUGUGUGUGUGUGUGUGUGUGUGUGUGUGUGUGUGUGUGUGUGUGUGUGUGUGUGUGUGUGUCACAAACAUAAACACGUCAGGAAACAGCAGCAGGUGAUAAAUAAUAAUAAUAAUAAUAACCAACCCCCCCCCCACACACACACACACACACACACACACACACACACUCAUCAGAUUGUUCACAGUAACAGGACUGUGACCUCACAGCUGUCUGGCUCUGUGAUUGGUCAGCAGCUUCACCUUUAUUGUUGUGUUUCCUUCUGCAGUAUACUGAUGUCAUCACCCUGAAAUUAGCAAGGUCAAAGGUCACAGCAAAGUGAUGAGUCAGCAACAAAAUCAGACCACAAGAAGAGACAUAAAACCAGGAGGUCUACAGGGACAGGUUUUAGUUCAGGGAGGAUUAUCGACGAUAAAAUGGGUAAAGAACUGUUGACUGUAGACCACUAAAGACCAAGGAAGACUUCAAUGAAGACACCACGGAUGAGGAGAUGCUGAUUCUAGAAGUCUAGAAGUAGAUUUCCUCCUCUGGAAGGACACAAUCUACUGCUUAUAUGUCUAUGUGUCUGUCUUUAGAGAGACGACUCGUUAUCACGUGAUUGAAUGUGAAUCCGCGUGUUCUUGUGAGUUGUCGUGAUUACCGUUGUCCGUAAUCCGCCAUGAAAUUCGCCUCACAAACAGAUCUGGUAGGAAUUGGCGGAUAGCAAAAAUCGCCGCCAUUCUGGAUGCGGUGGAAAUAUGGGGUAAGACCACGAAAGGCCUCCAAGGAUGUUUGAAGCCUUUUAAAGACCUGGAUGGAGGGUCCAGGAGAGAACUAUCUGUUGUUUCAGAGACAAAAACAAGAAGAGAGGACAGACACACACACACACAAACACACACACACACAGAAGGGUUAUAUUAGAUUGGGCUGCUGUUAGCAUUUAACACACUCUCUGACACACACCACACUCAAACUGACAAUUACACACACUUACACACAACGACAACACUCAUGCACGCACACACAGAGUCAUUACUCACUGAGCAUGUGCGUCAGAGGGGGGAGAUAAUGGGGGAGGAGCAGAUGUGUUUCUCUCAGGUUCUGAUCUUUUAAAGGUUAGUGUUUACAAAAACACAUGCUAACUUGAGAGCGCACUCAGAUCUGAUCGACUAACUGAGAGGAUGGCGUCCGUCAAACAGAUAUAUAACAGACAGAUGGAUAAAUCCUGAUGAUAAUCCGAUUUUAAAGUCUGUAAUCUGAGGAAAAGUUUCUUCUGUUUCUGAACUCUGAAUGAAAUCUGAACACUCCGGUGUCUCAGCUGAUCUCUCAAAGGUAAACAACUUUACACAGAAUUCGUGUGUGUGUGUGUGUGUGUGUGUGUGUGUGUGUGUGUGUGUAGGAGUCGGCGGCCUUGUGGAGAUGGACGAGUUCGGGGACAGACAGAUAGACUUCGCUGUGUGGGACAUGAUGGACACGGACUCCGGAGAGUUCCAGGUAAAUCACCUGACUGAUGAUGUCAUCAUGUGACAUUACACACCUGUAGGUCAAAAAGGUGACUUCCUGUCUGCAGUGAGAAAACACCUGAAAACAACAAACACCCCUGAAUGCACCAUGUGGUGUGUUCAAGGACCCACAGACAUCAGAGCUCUGACUACAGACUGUAUUUACUCUGGACAUCUUGGUUCCUCCUUCUGCCAGUUUACGGAUUUGAAGCCGAAAAGCUCUCAGUAAUUCUGCGUUUUUUUCUCCACUUCCUGAAACCAGCAUUGCGCAGUAGUGUUGUGUGCAUUCAGCAAGAGAGUCGCUGUGAUGACACUCAGCUCAAACAGUGUAUCCCCCGGGUGAGCUACACCAUCUUUGUAUGCCCAUAGGCUGUAUCAGGUGUCAAUCAUAGAAAACAUGAACCCACUAAUAACUUUUAAAAAUGGAGCUGUACAGAAAAAAGAGGACUUGGGCACAAACCAGUCUGACAGUAACUACAUGUCAACAUCACAACCAGGGGGGAGAAACAUUUAUAUUCUGUGUCAUUAAUUAAUAAAGUUUGUCCACAGCUCCAUAAGGAGGCGGGGUUUAGGACCUAUACUGCAGCCCGUCACCAGAGGGCGCUGUUCUCGGAGUGGCUUCACCCAGCGAGGAGUUAGACAGCGUCUAUAUACAGUCUAUGGCUCUAACCAAUCAAAAGGUGGCUUCUUUAACAGAAAGUAUUGUGUGUGUGUGUGUGUGUGUGUGAAGGUUGUAGCUGUGUACAAUAGCAGUGUGAAACAGCUGGUCAUGCAGAGUGGGCAGAGCUUCCAGUGGCCAGGUGGAUCUCCACCCGUCGACAUCCCAGAGUGUGGCUUUAAGAACGACAAACCAGCCUGCCUCGCACGUACGACACACGCACGCACGCACGCACGCACGCACGCACGCACGCACACACACUUGCAGUGACCUUCCUUUCCACUCUCCAGGUACAGUGACGAUGCUUCAGAUGGUUGCCAUGGUGAUCUGCUUCUUCUUUAUCAUCAUUGUUACUGUUACAGUCUUCAUCUACAGGUGAGACACACACACACACACCCUGAAGGCCUGAAGAAAAAAAACAGAGUGUCUGUAAAUCUGGGCUGAGUCCGACCAGAACCUACAGAUACAUCCUCCCUCUGAGUCCAGAACCUUGUCCUCACACACACACACACAGGAAGCUAAAGCUGGAGAGCGAGCUGGCGGCCCAACUGUGGAGGGUUUCCUGGGAGGACAUUCAGAUGACGGACCUAGAGAAGGUUCUGAGGAGAACCUGCAGCAGACUCACCAUGUCUUUGGUAACACACACACACACACACACACACACACACACACACACACACACACAGUAACUUCAGCAGGUUCUUCUUCCUGGUCUUCUCUGCAGAAAGGAUCUAACUGUGGUUCUCUGAUGACCAUGGAGGGACACGUUCAGAUCUACACCAAAACUGGACGCUAUAAGGUCUGAGUCUGGCCCUGGUUCUGAUGUAGUCUAGUCUUGGGUCUGAUCCGGUCUCUGGUCCCUGGUCUCAGGACGAUCCAGUGACUCUAAUCUUGCCAGUUCUGUUUCUCUUAGGGGAACCUGGCGGCCAUCAAGUACAUCAACAAGAAGAAGAUCGAGCUGACCAGGAACAUCCUCUUCGAGCUCAAACAUGUAAGACCAUCUGACCUGCUGACCCACCUAACCCACCUGACCCACCUGUCCGCCAUCUCCUGUAUGCUUGAUGUAGGGGUCAGAGGUCAGCCUGUUGGAGGGUGGCGGUUUGGUCGAUCUCUAACCAGCAGCCUCUGUGUUCUUGCAGAUGCGAGAUGUUCAGAAUGAGCACCUGACCCGCUUCAUCGGCGCCUGUAUCGACCCGCAAAACAUGUGCGUCAUCACGGAGUACUGUCCCCGGGGGAGCCUGCAGGUACGAGACUCUCCCCUGAGACCGCCAUGGGCCAAGAAAGACCGCUUUAUCAGGGAGUUAGGUGCAGAUAGGGUCAGCCUCCCCCCUCAGACUCACCCCCGAUAUUCACUGCAUCCAGAACGGCUCCAAUUCAGAACAGCGGCGAUUUUCGCCGUCCGCCAAUUCCUUCCAGAUCUGUUGGUGAGGCGGAUUUCAUGGCAGAUUAUGGACAGCAGGAAUCGCAAGAAAUCCCAAGAACCCUUCCAGAGGACGAAACCUACUUCUAGAGACGUCAUUUCAUCGGGAUGAAAUGACGUCUAAAAUCCUUUCACUUGUUCGUCUGUUGGCCUGUUUGCAUGGUGUGAAAUACGAUCCGCCUGAAACACGGAAAAAAUAAUAAUAAUAAUAAUAAUAAUUUUAUUUAUAUAGCACCUUUAAAAACAGAAGUUUACAAAGUGCUUAGACAAAAGUUGUAAGCACAGAGCAUCAGCACAUUGAAAAAACACAUAAAAACAAAAGCUCAGUUAAAAACAGGCCUCUGAAUUGUAGGCCUGUUUCACUUUUCGUAAGAAACCCAGGCAAUACAAGAACCCUACAAAAUAAAUGGGACCAUGAGGACCAAAACAAAAGCAAAAAAAAAAAAAAAAAAAAGAAGGAGGGAAGAAAACAGGCUAGUAAGUAUAAAAGAGGAUAUUAAUAAUAAUAAUAAAAUCAUAAUAAAAUAAAAUGAUGGUAAUAUAAAUGAUAAAGUGGAAUUAAAUAUAUAUAUAUAAAAUAAAGGAAAAUGAAAACAUUAAAAUCAAUAAAAAGAUUAUAAGUAAAACAAAGGCUAAAAAGGCAGUAAGUCUAAAUAAGAAAGAGGUGAAAGAGGUCAAAGAAAAAGGAGAAAAAUAAAAACGGUAAAAGGCAAUAAAAGAUGAAAGAUGGCAUCACAUAAAGGCAAGUCUGUAAAAGUGAGUUUUUAAAAUUGACUUAAAAGAAGCGACUGUCUCUGCAAUAGAAAAUAGAACUCUUGCGAUCAGCUGUGGAGUCUGGUGAUCCGCAGAGGAACGGAAAGAAGCCGGUGGAAAUUGACACGUUAACUUGAAUGUUUACGAUCAGCUACGAUCGGAGACGGUCCCCCCCCCCAUGUCCCUGUCCUCUAAAAUUUCUUCUUUAUCCAUCACAUGUUCUCUUCACCGCUCACUUGAACAUACUCAUCAUCAUCUCUGUUACCUAGCAACCCCCCAGCCUGGUAUCCUAGCAGCAUGAAGACCUGUCAGCCUGCUGUAGGUGGAUGUAGGUGAAUGUAGGUGGUGUGGAGCUGUAGAUGUUUCCUCUGGAUAAGAGAACAUCAGAGAUAUCUUUAAAGCUGAGAGGAGGAGGAGGAUGGAGAAGCAGAAGGUCAUGUGUGUCAUGGAGACACAGUUACCAAAAUUAAAGCCUUAAUUAAAGAAACAAUCAGUGAUUUUCUGUGUGUUUGUUUGACUCUACUGCCCCCCCCUCCUCCCAAAGAUCAGGACUGUGGGAGUCUAACAACACAAGAGACACAUUAGUAAACGCCUCCUCUGAGUGUGUGUGUGUGUGUGUGUGUGUGUGUGUGUGUGUGUGUGUGUGUGUGUGUGUGUGUGUGUGUGUGUGUGUUCUCAGGACCUGAUGGAGAGUGACAGCAUCACUCUGGAUUGGAUGUUCAGAUAUUCUCUCAUCAAUGACAUCGUCAAGGUAACAGCCUGCUGCUCUGUGUGUGUGUGUGUGUGUGUGUGUGUUCAUGUGUUAUCAUGUAUGUUCAUGUGUGUCCAUGUCAUCCAUGUUGUUUUUUCUUGUUAAUUUCUUCUCUUUUUGCUUUUCCUCAUCAUUUGUUUGUUUGUCUAUUUGUUUGUUUAUUGUUUUUUGUUUGUUAAUUGAUCGUUGUUUUGUUUAUUGUUUAUUGAUUGAUUGUUUGUUUAUUGAUCGUUAAUGUAUAUGUGCGUCCUCAGGGCAUGUUGUUCCUCCAUAACAGCGUCAUCGUCUCUCACGGUAACCUGAAGUCGUCCAACUGUGUGGUGGACAGUCGCUUCGUCCUGAAGAUUACCGACUACGGCCUGCAGAGCCUGAGGACCAGCAGCUGCCCUGAAGACACACACGCUCACUAUGCCCGUAACACCCACACACACAUACACAUGUAUAUACACACACACACACACACACAUUAAAUUAAUAAGUCGUCUGUCUUACUACCUGUAUGCCCCUCCCACAGGUAAACUGUGGACAUCUCCGGAGCUGCUAAGGACAGACUGUCCUCCACCCUGUGGGACUCAAAAGGGAGACGUCUACAGCUUUGGAAUCAUCCUACAGGAGGUCGCUCUGCUGAGGGGGGUCUUCUACCUGGAGACACUGACCAUGAGUCCCAAAGGUUCCUGAUUGAUCUUUGACAUUAUGAUGACAAAGGUUCCUGAUUGAUCUUUGAGAUAAUAAUGACAAUGGUUCCUGAUUGAUCUUUAAGAUUAUGAUGACAAAGGUUUCUGAUUGAUCUAAUUGAUCUUUGAGAUUAUGAUGACAAAGGUUCCUGAUUUAUCUUUGAGAUUAUGAUGACAAAGGAUCCUGAUCUAUUUGAUUGAUCUUCAAGAUUAUGAUGUCAAUGGUUCCUGAUUUAUCUUUGAGAUAAUGAUGUCAAAGGUUGCUUAUUGAUCUGAUUGAUCUUUAUGAUUAUGAUGAGAAAGGUUCCUGAUUGAUCUUUGAGAUUAUGAUGACAAAGGUUCCUGAUUGAUCUUUAAGAUUAUGAUGACAAAGGUUCCUGAUUGAUCUUUGAGAUUAUGAUGUCAGACGGUUCCCAAUUGAUCUUUAAGAUAAUGAUGACAAAGUUUCCUGAUUUAUCUUUAAGAGUAUGAUGACAAAGGUUCCUGAUUGAUUUAUCUUUGAGAUUAUGAUGACAACAUGAACACAAACAUGACGAACAGUCAGAGAAUUGAGCCAUGUAACCCGUUUUUCACCGUCUGUCUGAUUAACAUUAAGAAUCUCACAAACUGAUCCUCAGUGUGACAGGGACCUCUGCUGGUCACAACCCUUAACUGCAGCCUGUUUAGAGGCCUCAGUCUAGGAACACACACGCACACGCGCACACGCACACACACACACACACACACGCUCAGUUUUUCUCCUGUUUUUGUAAACAAACGGGUCUGAGGUCAGCAGGACUUAAACUGAUCACAGUUACAAACACUGACUGGAACACGGUACUGCUGUGUACUGCAGUACCAGUACACACUGUUACAUGUACUAUUUCACACUGCAGUACCAGUUCACACUGGAACAUGUAAUAUUACACAGUGCAGUACCAGUACACACUGUAAAAUGUACUAUUACACUUUGCAGUACCAGUACGUAUUGUAACAUCAUUAACUUUUGUCCUUAUGUCCUUAUAUAUAAUCAUGUCCUCAUAUAUUAUCAUGUCCUCAUUCAUUAUCAUGUCCUCAUAUAUUAUCAUGUCCUCAUACAUUAUCAUGUCCUCAUUCAUUAUCAUGUCCUCAUUCAUUAUCAUGUCCUCAUAUAUUAUCAUGUCCUCAUUCAUUAUCAUGUCCUCAUUCAUUAUCAUGUCCUCAUAUAUUAUCAUGUCCUCAUUCAUUAUCAUGUCCUCAUUCAUUAUCAUGUCCUCAUAUAUUAUCAUGUCCUUAUAUAUAAUCAUGUCCUCAUAUAUUAUCAUGUCCUCAUUCAUUAUCAUGUCCUCAUAUAUUAUCAUGUCCUCAUAUAUUAUCAUGUCCUCAUUCAUUAUCAUGUCCUCAUAUAUUAUCAUGUCCUCAUACAUUAUCAUGUCCUCAUACAUUAUCAUGUCCUUCUACAGUCUGGUUGUUUAAUGCAUCCUCGUGUCUCAAUGUAUUAUGUGUCUCCAUUUAUCAUGUGAUCAACCCACAUCCUCAAGGAUCCUCAUGGAUUCUCAUGAAUCCUUAUGGAUCCACGUGGGUUCUCAUUCAUUCUCAUGGAUCCUCAUGGAUUCUCAUUCAUCAUCAUGAAUUCUCAUGGAUCCUCAUGGAUACUCAUGUCCUCAUUCAUCAUACUGACUUCUUGCUUCCUUCUGUCCCUCUGCAUCCCUUUAUAUCCUUUAUCCUCGUACAUCUUUUUCUUCUCAUGACAGUUUUUUUUCUUAUACAGCUGCUUCUCCUCGCUUCCACAGAGAUCAUCCAGGCGGUGCAGCAGGGUGGAGCCCCCCCCUUGCGUCCGUCCCUCUGCCUCCACAGUCACAGCGAGGAGCUCAGUGUCCUGAUGCAGCGCUGCUGGAGCGAAGAGCCAAAUGAGAGACCGGACUUUAACACCAUCAAGAUCCUGCUGAGGAAACAGCACAGGUGUGUGUGUGUGUGUGUGUGUGUGUGUGUGUGUGUGUGUGUGUGUGUGUGUGUGUGUGUGUGUGUGUGUGUGCUUUGGUUUAUUAGUGUCUUAUCACACAGAUUGUUCAGAGGAGGUCAAUGAGAUUCUUUAGAUCGUAUACUCUUUGAGGUCCAUAAGGGGGCGACUCCACCGGUUUACAGUUUUUCUCAGUCGCUUUGGUACAUUUCUCGAAUCAUCCUCGACAUUUGCAAAACAGUAAGUCCUUUUCUCAAAACAAUUUUUACAAAUAGCAAAACACCAUGAAUUAGCUGCAAAAGCCAGUCUCUUGCUCAAAAUCCUUAGUACAUCUCUCAAAAGUAAAUAUCUGUGUCAAUGAACAUGUCAGUGCCAUCAGAAUGACAAGUCCUUGUGUCGUUGUGUACGGAUAAGACAGUCAAAUUGCUUAGUCAUGUUGUCAGUAUAACAGUGUACUCUGGAGGGAUGUUCUGAUGUAAACUAUGGCUAAAGUUUUGAUGACAAUCAUUGUAAAUUGUAAGUUACACCUCAGUGUAUGUGGGAGAUUGACUGAAAGAGACUGUAAUUUGAUGACAGACCAUGUCAUUGCGAUACAGAAAAGAAAAAGACAGCACUGCAGAGCACAAUAAAAAAAAACAAAAAAACAAAAGUAGAAAUGUGAACAUAGGACAAUUUACUUAGGGAAAACUGGAAAUGCAGUGCUGUAGGAAUUACAGUACAGUCUUCCUACACCUCCUGAUGUUCCUGUCUGUUGGGCCACAAAUUCUUAUCCACAAAAUGUCACUGUAUAUACUAUACUUACUGUAUAUUGUAAAAUGAAAGUCGAAUACUGCAAUAUUGUAUGAAGCAUUACAGAAAGUAUACAGUAUUACAGUACAGUGCCUAUUGUUAGAUUACAAACCUGUUCUGUCAACGAAAAGUCUGAAUGAUUGAGGACACAGUUGUUCUCCCAACAUUCGGCUGCACCCUUCGGCCAGCCUCAGCCAUUGUAAGCCCAUGAUUGAGAACGUGGUCUACAAGUGUAGCUCUUAUCUCAUCAGGAACGUGCAUAUGUCCUCUGCCUCUUCUGCCUCUUCCUCUGUUUUGCCUCCCAACUCCUCCGCCACGCAGCCUCACUCCUCUUCCUCUUCUUCUCUCUGGCUGUUGACCCUUAUCCAAUUCCUUGUCCUUCCAUUGUCAGACAUUGUAACAUUGUGUUGUGCUCCGGCAAUAUAUAUACUUGCCAGUUGAUGGUUCAUGGGAUGCACCUUUGAGCUGUUUCAGAAAAGUGGUUGAUCAUUGGUUGAUCUAAUGCUUCACACAUUUCCCACCGUUAGAGAAAGUCAAGAUUCACCUGGGAAUCCAAUUUACCAAUUCAGGACAGAUUCAGAAACGUCUCAUGGAAAUGUAUAGAAAUAUGCUUGACAUAUUAUGACAGCUUGUUCAACCAUUUUGCGUGUGAAGACUUAUGCGAUGAACUAAUGCCUAAAUGUUGUGGGGGGUGAGACUAUUCAACAGAGACCCAUUAUAAUACAUUUUGAUCAACAUGACAUAAGCAAUUGAUAAUGUAGAAAACAGCAGAAAAUUGUACAUAAUCAUUUGCAUGGCUGUACCAAAGCAUUUGCAAGUUGGUCAAAGAAAUGAGAAACUGCUUUUUUGAUGUGCACAAGUGGCACAAUGAUGUGAAGAUUGAACACGUAGUUUUGAGAAUUUCAAUUCUGAUCUGAGAAAUGUACCAAAGCGACUGAGAAAAACUGUAAAACCCCCCUGUCCUCCUGUCUGUGUCUCUGUGUGUCUGUCUGUGUCUGUGUCCUCCUGUCUGUGUCUGUCUGUGUCCGUCCUUCAGGGGUUACGGUUCGAACAUCCUGGACAACCUUCUGUCUCGUAUGGAGCAGUACGCCAACAACCUGGAGGAGCUGGUGGAGGAACGGACUCAAGCGUAUCAUGAGGAGAAACGCAAGGCUGAGGCUCUGCUCUACCAGAUACUGCCACAGUAAGAGUACUACCACAGGGUACUACAUCAUACUACCACAGUAAGAGUACUACCACAGGGUACUACAACACAUUACCACAGUAAGAGUACUACCACAGGGUACUACAACACAUUACCACAGUAAGAGUACUACCACAGGGUACUACAACACAUUACCACAGUAAGAGUACUACCACAGGGUACUACAACAUACUACCUCAGUCAGAAUACUACCACAGGGUACUACAUCAUACCACCACAGUAAGAGUACUACCACAGGGUACUACAACAUACUACCACAGUAAGAGUACUACCACAGGGUACUACAACACAUUACCACAGUAAGAGUACUACCACAGGGUACUACAACACAUUACCACAGUAAGAGUACUACCACAGGGUACUACAACAUACUACCACAGUAAGAGUACUACCACAGGGUACUACAAAUACUACCACAGUAAGAGUACUACCACAGGGUACUACAACAUACUGCCACAGUAAGAGUACUACCACAGGGUACUACAUCAUACCACCACAAGGUUCUACAAAACUACUACACCACAGGGUACUACAUCAUACUACCACAGGAAGAAUACACCACAGGGUACUACAACAUACUACCACAGUAAGAGUACUACCACAGGGUACUACAACAUACUACCACAGUAAGAGUACUACCACAGGGUACUACAAAUACUACCACAGUAAGAGUACUACCACAGGGUACUACAUCAUACUACCACAGAGUACUACCACAGGGUACUACAAAUACUACCACAGUAAGAGUACUACCACAGGGUACUACAAAUACUACCACAGUAAGAGUACUACCACAGGGUACUACAACAUACUACCACAGUAAGAGUACUACCACAGGGUACUACAACACAUUACCACAGUAAGAGUACUACCACAGGGUACUACAACAUACUACCACAGUAAGAGUACUACCACAGGGUACUACAUCAUAGUACCACAGAGUACUACCACAGGGUACUACAAAUACUACCACAGUAAGAGUACUACCACAGGGUACUACAAAUACUACCACAGUAAGAGUACUACCACAGGGUACUACAACAUACUACCACAGUAAGAGUACUCCCACAGGGUACUACAACACAUUACCACAGUAAGAGUACUACCACAGGGUACUACAUCAUACCACCACAAGGUUCUACAAAUACUAAAACAGGGUAAUACAACAUACUACCUCAGUCAGAAUACACCGGGUACUCCAAAUAAUACCACAGAAAGAAUACAAUGGGUACUACAAAUACUACCACAGUAAGAGUACUACCACAGGGUACUACAACAUACUACCACAGUAAGAGUACUACCACAGGGUACUACAACAUACUACCACAGGGUACUACAAAUAGUACCACGGGGUACUACAACAUACUACCACAGGGUACUACAAAUAGUACCACGGGGUACUACAACAUACUACCACAGGGUACUACAAAUAGUACCACGGGGUACUACAAAUACUACCACAGAGUACUACCACAGGGUACUACAAAUACUAUCACAGGGUGCGCCAAAUACUACCACAGUGAGAAUAUACUGGGUACUACAAAUACUGCCACAGAAGGAAUACACCACAGGAUACUACAAAUACUACCACAGGGUACUACAAAUACUACCACAGUAAGAAUACACCGGGGACUACAAAUACUAUCACAGUGAGAAUACACCACAGCGUGCUACAAAUACUUCAAUGGCAAGAAUACUCACUACAGUACUUUGUUGGACCCUUUUACAGGACCUGUGGGUCAUUCCAUGUCAAUUCAACCAAGAAUCUCCACUCACCUCACAGAUUUUGAUGAAAUUUGGUGGAGUGAUUGGCCUUCAGGAGAAACUGUCAGAGCUCAAAUAUUUUUGUUCAAAGCCGUCUAAUUAGUGGAAGCGUGGGGUGCAAUUUCUCCAGAUUGCCUCAACAAAUUAACAGCUAGAAUGCCAAAGGUCUGCAAUGCUGUAAUUGCUGCAAAUGGAGGAUUCUUUGACGAAAGCAAAGUUUGAUGUAAAAAAUUUUUUAUUUCAAAUCCAAAUCAUUAUUUCUAACCUUGUCAAUGUCUUGACUCUAUUUUCUAUUCAUUUCACAACAUAUGGUGGUGAAUAAGUGUGACUUUUCAUGGAAAACACAAAAUUGUUUGGGUGACCCCAAACUUUUGAACGGUAGUGUAUGUAGAAGUUAUCUGUCAACCCUAGGAUCCAGGACAUGCAGGUAUGUCCAAAUGAUUCUCCCAUGAAGCUAAGAUCAUUCUUAUUCUGGAUAUAGGUGCAAAUAGAAAUGAAAUGCGAUGAAAAACUGAGCAAAAAUAAGCUAUUCUAGCUAUUUUUCAUAUAAAUAUGGGAUAACAUACAAAUGAAAAAACUCAAAAAAAGCAUUUUGCACUAUGAGGAAGUAAUAUUUUACACAAGCAGGCAAGUGGGGCUGACUCCAGAUGAGGUCAGGACUGUAUAAUGUGCCAAAUAUGGCGAUUUUCCACCUAACUUACCACACAUUUUGACUGAUUACUCAAAAAGUUAUGGAAUGCCCAUCCUGAAACUUGCAAAGAUGCUAGUGGACAUGAAAGUCUUUCUUUAGUGUGAAUAUGAAGAAAAUUGAAGGACGCACGUUUUCUGCUAUUUCCAAUUUAAGUUUUUGGUCUUUUAUAAUUUUUUCUGGUCCAAUUUGGGGAAAAAAUGUUAUGAAUAGAAAGAUAGAACUUGAAGAGAGCUUUAAAAUGACACCUGAAUCAGCUCUCUAGGUACCAUACUUCCAGAGAUAUGAACACUUUUGUAACGCAUGUCAGGCUAGUUAGCCAAAAAUUCAUUAGCCCCUGUCUCACUAAUUAGACGGCUUUGAACAAAAAUAUUUGAGCUCUGACAGUUUCUCCUGAAGGCCAAUCACUCCACCAAAUUUCAUCAAAAUCUGUGACGUGAGUGGAGAUUCUUGGUUGAAUUGACAUGGAAUGACCCCUGUUUCAGAUAAAGGCCUGGUCCCUGGGGCAGAGAAGGAAAAUAGAAGCUCCGCCUAUAUUAGAGGGUUUACGGUAUUUUACAUUUUUCUGAGUGUGUGUGUGUGUGUGUGUGUGCAUGCGUGUAGCUCUGUGGCUGAACAGCUGAAGCGUGGUGAGAUGGUUCAGGCUGAAGCUUUCGACUCUGUCACGAUCUACUUCAGUGACAUCGUGGGCUUCACCGCCCUAUCAGCUGAGAGCACACCGCUGCAGGUCAGGGCCUGAUGAUUCUCUCCCCUUUGUUAUGGUUCACCCUCUAUCAGGUGUUUGUCUGUUUGUCCCUUAAAUCUGAAAUGAUGAUCUUUGAUUUUCAGGUUGUGACUCUGCUGAACGACCUGUACACCUGUUUCGACGCCAUCAUCGAUAACUUUGACGUUUACAAGGUAAAGACCUGCUCAGCUCUCAGCAUCAGGGGCUCCUGCCAAAGUUCCUGAUGGUUCCUGGUACUCUGCAGCACACGUGUGUGCCGUUUGUGGUCGUUGGUGUUUCAGUCACGUUGACUCACUGCUGCCCUCAGGUGGAGACCAUCGGUGACGCAUACAUGGUGGUUUCAGGGCUGCCGGUGAGAAACGGCAAGCUGCACGGUCGGGAGGUCGCCCGUAUGUCGCUCGCCCUGCUCGACGCCGUCAAGAGUUUCAAGAUCCGACACCGAGCCAAUCAGCAGCUGAAGCUCCGCAUCGGCAUACACAGCGGUCAGUGUGCACAUGUCUGUGUGUGUGUGUUUAUCAAAUAUUUAAUAAAUCAUCAUUACAAAAAUGCUUUUGUGUGUGUGUGUGUGUGUGUGUGUGUGUGUGUGUGUGUGUGUGUGUGUGUGUAGGUCCUGUUUGUGCAGGUGUGGUGGGGCUGAAGAUGCCCAGGUACUGUUUGUUUGGAGACACUGUGAACACAGCGUCACGCAUGGAGUCCAAUGGAGAGGGUAACACACACACACACACACACACACACACACACACACACACACACACACACCUAUCAGCAGUGUUGGGAAAGUUCAAAGUUCAGUUCACACAUUCUAAAAUGAACUUGUUCAGUUCAAUUCCACAUUUUCAUGGUUCCCAAAAAUGAACUAAUUUAGUUUUUUUUUUCUCCAAUACUUUGCUGUAGCUUUUAUUUGUCCAGAUUUUUUACGGAGCCCGUAUAGAACCACAGACAGCAAUUAUUUUAGCUGUUUUAACACUGAAACGAUGUCAAAUUAAUCUUCAUAUCCAUUUUUUAAAUCCUAAUCCAACCAGGUUUACAAUAGAGAGGACAGCCCUCAGAAUAGUGGCGUUUCCCUGAUGUUUAGUUCAGUCCUCACUAGUAGGAACGUUCAUCUCUAGAGUAUAUUUUCAUAAACAUGAGGAAAACCUGCUGCUUGAAUGGUUUUUAGACUCUUUUAGGAUUACAACAACAGGACUGUUGUCCUUCAGUUUAUUUUUAUAUUUCUAUACUUUUCCAAACCAACCUGAAAACAAUUAACAUCAAAUUCCAUUUCAGUCAGACUAAAGGUCCCUACCAUAGACUGUAGAUACUAUGGACAACUUGGUUCCGCCUACCGCCUGUAAACGGAUUUGAAGCCAAAAAGCUCUCGGUAUUUCCGUGAUUUUUCUUCAUUUCCUGAAACCAGCGCUGCGCAGUAGCGAUGCACGCAUUCGGCCGCACAGUCGCCGAGAGUCGCUGUGAUGACGCUCGGCUCAAACAGCGUAUCCUCCCGGGUGAGCUACGCAAUCCCUGAACGCUCAUAGGCUGUAUUAGGUGUCAAUCAUAGCAAACAUGAACCCCCUAAUGACUUUUAAAAAUGGAGCUGUAUAGAAAAAAGAGGACUUGAGCACAAACCAGUCUGACAAUAACUACAUGUCAACAUCACAAGCCGGGGGGAGAAAAAUGUAUGUUCUGUGUAAUAAAUUUCUGAAGUUUGUCCACAGCUCCAUAAGCUUUGCUGGUGGAGGCAGGAUUUAUGACCUAUACUGCAGCCCGUCAACAGAGGGUGCUGUUCUCAGAGUGGCUUCACCCAGCAAGGAGGCAGACGCUGUCCAUUCUAAAUACAAUCUAUGGUCCCUACACACCAGGAACGACGCAAAUAUAUGACGUGAAAUUCCGAAAUAUUCAGAGCCGAAUUUUGCCGUGGCUGACUACGCACAUCAAGCCCGAUGCGAUUUUGCAUCUUCCCGGGAGGAAAAAAGACGCGUCCCGGGUGGAAGCGAGAAGACUGACACAACAGCAGACUGAGUGUUUUUCAGUUCUGAUUAGACUCUAGUGUUAAGAUGUCUGUCUGUCAUGAAAGCAUAUACUGAGUCAGGGCCAGUACCAGAUAAGAACAUUAAACUAUAAUCCAUAAACGUAAGGUAACAACAAAGACCUAAUGGUGCUGUGACAGCAACGCUGUGAUUGAGUUUGAGACAGAGAAAAUACAUAUGGUAUGUUGUAUCUGAACAGGUUAGCUUACGAGCUAAAGUUACUUAGCACAGAUGAAAGUUAAACAGACAUUUAUCAAACUGUUAAAGCACACAAACCAUCGUCAUAUGAGAAAUCUGACGCUAUGACUCUCCACAAGUUGUCCUUCAGGUCGUUAUCUUUGUAAUAUUUGUGUUUUUUAUCAUAAAGCAUGUAAAUAAUCAGCCGGUCGGCCAUGUUGGAUAUACCGGUGAAUCUGAUGUCGCAACAACACGAAAUCUGAUUGGUCAGAAGUGGACACACAGUAUGUGAAACUUUAGAAAAAUUGACCGUGAUCCGAAAAAAAAAUGCUGCAAUAUCGCAGGACGGGAAAACGUAGCUGAUGUGAACGCUUGUAUUGACAGGAUACAGGGUCAAAAACAAUACUGACGCCGGAAAUAAUCGCAGGAAAAAAACACUCCCAGUGUGAAAGGACCUUUAAAAUGAACCAGAACAAAUACUGAAAACAACAAUAACAAUAACAAUAACAAUAAAUACUCACACGAGUCUGUGUGCUGCUCCCUCGUCCAUCAUAUACACUGAAGUCGUGACGACUGACAUAUUUACUGACUGACAGACAGGCUGCUUGAGGUUACCUGAUUGGGUGGCUUUCCUCUAAAUAUUACGGCCUGUUUACGGUGUUUUAGCCUGAAAGGCUCUGGACAUCUGACACACUUGUGAACGGAGUUUAGAACGCUGCUCACAGAUGCCUGAAUAAACGCGUUCAACACCAACGCGUUCAUACGUAAAUAAAGAAUGAUACGUUCAUGUUUGCCUGAAAUGUGAACAAGUCGGUCGGGAACAAAACUGUCUAUCAGUCUGUGUUGUUCUCUUGUUGUUCUCUUGUUGUUCUCUUGUUGUUCUUUGUUGUUCUCUGAAGUUCUCUGUUGUUCUCUUGUUGUUCUCUGUUGUUCUCUUGUUGUUCUCUUGUUGUUCUCUUGUUGUUCUCUGUUGUUCUCUUGUUGUUCUCUGUUGUUCUCUGUUGUUCUCUUGUUGUUCUCUGUUGUUCUCUUGUUGUUCUCUUGUUGUUCUCUGUUGUUCUCUUGUUGUUCUCUGUUGUUCUCUGUUGUUCUCUUGUUGUUCUCUGUUGUUCUCUGUUGUUCUCUUGUUGUUCUCUUGUUGUUCUCUGUUGUUCUCUGUUGUUCUCUUGUUGUUCUCUGUUGUUCUCUUGUUGUUCUCUGUUGUUCUCUGUUGUUCUCUUGUUGUUCUCUGUUGUUCUCUGUUGUUCUCUUGUUGUUCUCUGUUGUUCUCUUGUUGUUCUCUUGUUGUUCUCUGUUGUUCUCUUGUUGUUCUCUUGUUGUUCUCUUGUUGUUCUCUUGUUGUUCUCUGUUGUUCUCUUGUUGUUCUCUGUUGUUCUCUGUUGUUCUCUGUUGUUCUCUGUUGUUCUCUGUUGUUCUCUUGUUGUUCUCUUGUUGUUCUCUGUUGUUCUCUUGUUGUUCUCUUGUUGUUCUCUGAAGUUCUCUGUUGUUCUCUUGUUGUUCUCUGUUGUUCUCUUGUUGUUCUCUUGUUGUUCUCUUGUUGUUCUCUUGUUGUUCUCUGUUGUUCUCUGUUGUUCUCUUGUUGUUCUCUGAAGUUCUCUGUUGUUCUCUUGUUGUUCUCUUGUUGUUCUCUGUUGUUCUCUUGUUGUUCUCUGUUGUUCUCUUGUUGUUCUCUGAAGUUCUCUGUUGUUCUCUUGUUGUUCUCUUGUUGUUCUCUUGUUGUUCUCUGUUGUUCUCUGUUGUUCUCUUGUUGUUCUCUGUUGUUCUCUUGUUGUUCUCUUGUUGUUCUCUUGUUGUUCUCUUGUUGUUCUCUGUUGUUCUCUUGUUGUUCUCUUGUUGUUCUCUUGUUGUUCUCUUGUUGUUCUCUUGUUGUUCUCUGUUGUUCUCUUGUUGUUCUCUGAAGUUCUCUGUUGUUCUCUUGUUGUUCUCUUGUUGUUCUCUGUUGUUCUCUUGUUGUUCGCUGAUGUUCUCUUGUUGUUCUCUGAAGUUCUCUGUUGUUCUCUUGUUGUUCUCUGAAGUUCUCUGAAGUUCUCUGUUGUUCUCUGUUGUUCUCUGUUGUUCUCUUGUUGUUCUCUUGUUGUUCUCUGAAGUUCUCUGUUGUUCUCUGUUGUUCUCUUGUUGUUCUCUGUUGUUCUCUUGUUGUUCGCUGAUGUUCUCUUGUUGUUCUCUGAAGUUCUCUGUUGUUCUCUUGUUGUUCUCUGAAGUUCUCUGAAGUUCUCAUGUUGUUCUCUGUUGUUCUCUGUUGUUCUCUGUUGUUCUCUGAAGUUCUCUGUUGUUCUCUUGUUGUUCUCUGUUGUUCUCUGAAGUUCUCUGUUGUUCUCUGUUGUUCUCUUGUUGUUCUCUGUUGUUCUCUUGUUGUUCUCUUGUUGUUCUCUGUUGUUCUCUUGUUGUUCUCUGAAGUUCUCUUGUUGUUCUCUUGUUGUUCUCUGUUGUUCUCUGUUGUUCUCUGUUGUUCUCUUGUUGUUCUCUGAAGUUCUCUGUUGUUCUCUGUUGCUCUCUGUUGUUCUCUUGUUGUUCUCUUGUUGUUCUCUUGUUGUUUGCUGAUGUUGUUCUCUUGUUGUUCUCUUGUUGUUCUCUGUUGUUCUCUUGUUGUUCUCUGUUGUUCUCUUGUUGUUCUCUGUUGUUCUCUUGUUGUUCUCUGUUGUUCUCUGUUGUUCUCUGUUGUUCUCUGUUGUUCUCUUGUUGUUCUCUUGUUGUUCUAUGUUGUUCUAUGUUGUUCUCUGUUGUUCUCUGUUGUUCUCUUGUUGUUCUCUGUUGUUCUCUGUUGUUCUCUUGUUGUUCUCUUGUUGUUCUCUUGUUGUUCUCUGAAGUUCUCUGUUGUUCUCUGAAGUUCUCUGUUGUUCUCUUGUUGUUCUCUUGUUGUUCUCUGUUGUUCUCUUGUUGUUUGCUGAUGUUGUCCUGUUCUUUUUCGUUCAUUUCUUGUUGGUUCCCAUUAUUUCCUCCAUUUUUGGUAGCUCCCUAUCAGCUUUGUAUACUUUCCUGUUGUCCACUGUGGUUGAGUGUGUAUUUCUGUUAUUCCGUUUCCUUCCAUGAUGCUCUUUGCUCACGUGUCUCGUGUUCUCCUCCAGCUCUAAAGAUCCACGUGUCUGAAGUGACCAGAGACGUUCUGCAGGAGUUCGCCUCCUUCAGGCUACAGCUCAGAGGAGAGAUCAAAGUAAAGGGGAAGGGACAACUGAGGACAUACUGGCUCCUGGGAGAGGACACACACUAA